GAAAUACUUUUUAAAUUCCUUUCGCACGCGGAUUUUGUACAAAAUACAUUUAAUUAUAGUACAUCUCUAUAAAGUUAAUAAUAAAAUAUUCUCGAAAAUCACAUUUCAUAUAUCACUGGCCAUUUUGUACCGAAACUCAAUAUUUUCACACAUCUUAUUUUUAUACUUUGGACUGCUAUUUCUGUUUAUUAUAUGGUGGACAAAGUUAGAAGUGACCAUAGUUUGCUAGGUCGUCUGACCGGGAGACCGUAUAAGAACUUGCUUGGUAUCGAUUCCUUCGUGUGUACCUCUCGCGUUUCUCUUUUGCAAUCUCAGAUUACAGGGCCUGUUUUGCCCAGUCUACGUAUAUGACAUCAUCGUCCAUGUCAGUUGCUUUUCGAUUUUUCUUUCUCCGCGUUCGUUUGUAAUAAAAAUUUAAAUGGCCGCGAUUACAGCUUACAAACUUUUGUUACAUAAAUUGAAUUAUUACAGUUUAAAAAUUUUCGUUACACGAAACAAUGAUUUUACCUUUUCUCUUGAUUUAUAUUUUUUAUCAUAUGCUUCUCCGAAAAUGUACAAUACUGCCAAGGAACUUAAUUUUGCGGUUUCAUUGAAAUAUUCUCGCGAAUGCUAAAAAAUUCGCAUACUAAAUAUCGUUAAAUUCGUAUUCGGGAACGUGACGGACAUUGUUUGAGCUUUCGUAUGAAAAAUGAAAAAAAAAGUGUUAAGUAAAAUAAUUAGUGAGGAUUUUGACUUGUCCAAACUCGCAGGUAGGUAUCGACAUAAUGAUAAGAUUACAGUUAUCACAGGCUACUGCGUGUUGCCAUAAUCCGUUUAAUGGUUUGACGUUAUCUUUUGUAAAGAACGACGUGUAUAGUGUACGUUCCAGAGCUCAGUCUCUCACCUGCGUGUGACGCGAACAGACAGCCGGUAUCCGAUAUCGCGGUAUUUAUCGCGACAUGUGACGAUAGCGUUUAUUUUAAUCAUUUUUACGGUACGUUUGCGAGAUCAAUUUUAUUAGGAUAGAUACACCACGCAAAUUUUUAUCCGUUUCUUCGUCAACGUCCGUGAAAUUGUUCUUCGGUCGUGAAGUGGAGCACGUGUUUAACGUAGACUUUUCGCUCGAGUAUUCGUGCUAGUUUGUACAUUGUUCAAUUUUAUUAAAUUCAAGAGAGAAGACAGAGGAUUGUGUUAUAUUGUUGCACUUUCCGCGGACAUUGUCAUAAGAGAGUGAUUUACGCGGAGCAGUAAUGGAUUCACCAGAAUAGUGAAAGUUUUCCUGCUCGCAUCACAGAAAAUACGAGCAAAAAUGGACAACGAACAAAGACCUCUCGUGGACACGGGGAGAAUAGCGACGUCGACGAAGCUCGCCUACGCCCUUGGACACAUUUUCAACGAUCUAGCGGCUGCCGUGUGGUUCUCCUAUACUUUAAUCUACCUUCAACGAGUCGCAUUGUUAAAACCCAUCGUAGCCGGUGCCCUCUUGCUGUUAGGGCAAAUCAUCGAUGCCGUUAUGACGCCCAUAUUCGGUUUCCUGGUUGAUCGCUACUGCAACAAGAAACUUUGGCACGUCGCCGGCUCCGUCUUGGUCACCCUGUCCUUCCCCGUAAUAUUCGGCGGUUUUGUCAACUUGUCCGCCGGGAUCGCCAUGCUUUUAUACGUAACAAGUAUUACGAUAUUUCAAACGGGCUGGGCGGCCGUGCAAAUCUCCCAUCUGUCAAUGAUUCCCUCGUUAACUAAUUCCGUCCUAGCCCGAGCCGAUCUGACCGCAAUAAGAUACUCCGCUCAAGUCGGUGCGGCCGUGAUAGCUUUUGUGGUGGCGUGGAUAAUUUUACCAACCGAUGGCGGAUCGAUGGUUCAAUUGGACCAGCAGGAUGACUACAAAUUCAGAAACAUCGCUCUGAUCCUGACGACUCUCGGUCUGACCGUGACCGUUCUCUUUCACAUUUUCCUCAAGGCGAAUCUCCUGGAACAAACGAGACCCCCAAAGCCGUCGAGCGUCGAAGAGCCGGCGAAGCUGUCGGACGUUCCGUCGAAUCGCCGGAUGUCAUGGGUCGGCAUGACGAUUUUGUUGAGAGUCGCGAUGCUGUACGUGGCGAGCAGAUUAUUUAUCACUCUCGCCACGGUGUACUUGCCGCUGUACAUAGAAGAGACCAAAAUCGACGGUAAACAAGCGCUGGCCAGUGUGCCGCUGGUCUCGUACGUAUCCUCGUUUACGGCCGCCUUGCUACUCAAGUACAUCAACAGAAUUUGCGGCACCAAGGCUUGCUACUUCCUCGGCGCCAUAAUCGGCAUAGUCGCCGCCGUUGUCACGGAAUUCGUCGCGAGUAGCACGACGAUCGUGUACGUCGUCGCCGUGCUAAUUGGCGCGGGAAGCUCCAUCACGAUGGUCACCGCGUUGAGCGUCACCGCCGAAUUGAUCGGCUCUCGAACGGAGCGCAGCGCUUUCGUAUACUCGAUCGUCACGUUCCUCGACAAGAUCAUCACCGGCCUCGUGGUGAUAGUCAUCGAAAAAUGGAGGUGUAACGACAAGGAACUCUGCCCUACUUACAACCGAGACACGCUGGCCAUCGUUUGCGCCUCCUCAAUGAUGCUAGGACUCGUAACUCUGCUGUCUGUAUCGCGUUGUAUAACUUAAAAAAUUAACGAAUCAAUAUAUUUUUACAUAUCACGUCUGUAAACCAUAUAACUUAUUUUCUCGGCAUUGCGAACAAUAAAAAUAUUGCAUCAUUAUCGCGGUUUUCAUAUUCGUAUAGUAUCAGUGGCGAAAUUACGAAUUUAUAUCGACUGUAAUGUUAAUUAUAGCGAGUCCACUGACAGGACUUAAUUGCGAUCGCACUUGAUCGGUCACACGUGAAUUUGCCGACAAUACUCCACCUAACGAAACUGCGUUACGUCCGAGAGAGAAACCGGCGCACAAGGCAGAUGGAAAAACAGUAUUACGGAUAAAGAUUUAUGAGAGGCUCGAUUUGGGGUUAUACGCGCGCGAUUGGGAUUGAAUAGGAGACUUGUUAAUCUCGCGAGAAUAUGUAAUGAAGAUAAGAAUACAGCCCACCCGAAUUUUGACAAA